CCGACUGGAAAAUUCAGCCACACUAAUUUCUGAGCUGAGAGAGAACAGGAAUUGAAGGAUCUAACCAUGUUUUUCUGAAGCUGUCUGCUCAAUUAUAGUUCUCUAUUUUGUUCAGAGCGAGCUUUGUUUGUCUAACCAUGUCUAGGUAUCAUAAAUCAGCCAUCGAUGGCUAUUUGGAUCUUUUAAAGGAGGCCACCAAAAAAGAUCUGAACACUCGGGACGAAGAUGGCAUGACACCAACCCUGUGGGCGGCUUACCAUGGACGACUGGAGGCUCUUCAGCUUAUCUGCAGCAGAGGUGGAGAUCCCAACCUGAGUGACAUCUGGGGGAACACACCGCUACACCACGCGGCCGCCAAUGGACAUAUGCACGUCCUGAGCUUCUUGGUCAACUUCGGAGCCAAUCUCUUCGCUCUGGACAAUGACUUUCACACUCCUAUGGACGUUGCCGCAUCUCGGGACCAGAUGAAUUGCGUUCGUUUUCUGGACAGCGCCGCCUCCAACCAGACCAGCCAGAAUGCCAAACGGGUGGCUCAGCUGAAGAAGCAGGCUGUGAAAGAUGCAGAAGUCAGGGUGAAACAGUGCGAGAAGGUCAAGAAGAGGCACCAGAGUAAGAUGGACAAGAUGUACCGCGGCGGUGGUUCUGUGUCUGGCGUGUCCGAAGCGAGCGCCGCCACCAUGACCAGCGGCAACGAGCAGUUCUCCAAGCUUAUUGCUGCAGAUAAAACUGGGUCCAUCUCCUCGACGAUCAAAGGAACUUUGCAGCGCAAAUUUGGGAAGAAGGACAAGGGAACUGUGAGCAAACAAGGAGACAGCAACGUCAUAUUCGUAAAGCAGGAGAAUGGGAACGCGGAGAAGCCGGAUUUUGUGGACGUCUUUAACGAAAAUGAAGAAAAUGAAGAGGAUGAGGACGGAAUGGGAGGUUUUAACGAUGAUGAAGAAGAUGAAGAAGGUGCCGGUCAAGCAAAAGAGUCCAUUUUCAAAAGGCCUGGCCUUGGGAACAUGGUUUUCCGAAGGAAUUUCUCCAUGGAAAUGGGCAUGGAACCAGAUGAAUUUCCAAGCGGCGACACUGAGGACCUCGGCUUCCUCAUCCGCAAGGAGGUGUUUGAUGCAGAAGAAGAUGGACUGGAGGAUUAUUCAAAGGAGGAUUCUCAGCUGCCCUGGAACGAAGAAGAGAUCGGAUUGGACGAGGAUGAAGAGGAGACUUCGCCCCUGGACGCGUUCCUCAGCUCCAUAAACCUGCUGGACUUUGCGCCCGUGUUCGUCCGUGAGAAGUUAGACCUGGAAGCACUAAUGCUCUGCUCAGACGACGACCUCAAAAGCAUCCGAAUCCAGUUAGGACCUCGCAAAAAAGUUCUGGAUGCAGCAGCUAGAAGGAAAGCAGUAAUGGAGCAGCCUGGGGUCAUGAAGGACACCUUUCUGUAACGCCAGGAUAUACAAAUAAACGAACAUUUACACAAUAAUUAAUCCGAAACCCUCUGAAUUAUUUAAUUAUCGGUUCUUCAUAGCAUAUGGGUGUCAAACUUGGUACCAUCUGGACCAAAGCUCCACAGAAUGUAGUAUUAACUUCUCCUAAUUUAACAGAUCUCAAUCAGCUCAUCAUCUACUUUAUUUUCAUAAAGACAUAAAAAAAAAAAAACCUGCAAGCUCCCUGAAGCUAUACUCAGAACUUCAUAAAAAGUCAAAAGCUAUUUCUAACAUCAACAUUGUAACGUUUUUUUGCAACAUUGUCAAAAAAUAAAGAGAGAGCCACAGCUUUCCUAGCAGUCUUUAUGGAAUGAACCUGGUUUGAGACCCUUGCUGUACACUGUGUGCUAUAUUGAUUUAAUGUCCUGUAAUGUUUUUGAUUUUGACAAAUAAACACGAUAUAAAGUUU